UCUCUCCCUACCUCCGUCAAUGGCUCUUCACUUUCGACUCCCUCUUAGUACUUCACACUGUUCCCUUCACUCCCCCCAACCAUGGUGCUGGAGAAACAGGUAUAUCAUCGAUCAGCGGCCUCUAUCGAUGAUAUCAACGAGCCAGUACACCAACGCUUCCAGAGAAGUCAUCGGUCUUAGAUAUGCCGGACGGAUCGUGAAGGUUCGAUCGAGCACUGAGACAUCUGUUCCUUCUGUAGUAGUAGGCCAGAUCACAGAGGUCAAUAAGGACACUUUCUGGCCUCUAGUUGAAGCCGCCGGCGAUAAGACUGUUGUUCUUGAUAUGUACACUCAAUGGUGCGGGCCUUGCAAGAUUAUUGCACCUAAAUUUAUAGAGUUGUCUGAGAAGUAUCAAGAUGUUGUGUUCAUGAAACUUGACUGUAACCAGGAAAACAAGCCAUUGGCCAAAGAACUUGGAAUAAAGGUAGUUCCAACGUUCAAGAUUCUCAAGAACAAUAAGGUUGUCAAAGAAGUGACUGGCGCCAAACUCGAUGAUUUAGUUGCUGCAAUUGAGAUCAUCCGAUCAAGCUAAUCUCGGUACUUCCUGCUUCUUUGGAUUUGUAACUGUAUUAUUAUAUAUGUAAUCUGUUCAUAAUCUCCUUCUCUCUUUUUUUUUUCACCAUGAUUGAUUAUGUAUAUGUAUGUAUGUAUGAUGGCUGUGUUAAUAAAUCUCAUAACAGACAGUCUCAUAUUAUGUAAAUGUAUGUACCUUUAUUAUAUCUAUCUGGUUUUGCGAUGAAA